GAAUGCUCAGUCGAUCGUGUUUACGCGUUUGUACAAGUCAGAAAGUGAGCUCAGUGCGUUCAGUUCUGAAUCGGUUCGCAGUUAUGAAGUUUAUAUGUGUCCUGUGGCUAGGAGCGCUGGCAUUGACGUCAGCGGCACCAGCGCCACAAGCAACCAAAACGAUUGACUUUCUACUGGAUUUGAAUCAGGAUGUGCUACUCGAUGAUAAGGAAGUUACGGCUUCCGUGAAACCAUUGCCUGCGGCACAAGUGGCGGCUAGUACAAGAUCCCCUUCAGCAUUGGCAUCUCCCAAACAGAAGGAAGAUUUUGAAGAACAGGCGGACGUUCGUGAAACACAAGUAGAUUCGAGAGGUAAUGUUAAACAAUCAGGUGUUACAAAGGAUGUGUCUGACGAACUGGACCAGAGUAAUGAAAAUAGUCAGAAUAGUGACGAACAGCAAAAAGAACAAGAAACCGGUGAUUUCAGUGACAGCCAUUCUAAGGAAGAUACUACGAUUCGUGUGUAUGAUGAAAAUGAUUCCGAUUUUUCUAAUGAGAAAGACAAAAACGAUUCACAUCAGCAACAAGAAGAAGACCAGGACAUUCACCAAGUUAACGAUCAUGCUUCAGCAAGCUACGGGAAGGAAGACAUUUCCCAAUCAAAUGAGUCUCAACAAAGCAAAGAAUCAAUUAAUGAUUUCAAGCCUGAGCUCGGUGUCAUAAAUGACACUCAGGAUGUUCAAAUUCAACCUGAUCAAAUUUUUAAUCAUGGUACUUUGAUAAUCGAAAAAAGUACUGGACAUGAAGUAAAUCUUCAAACAACCAUUCCAUUCAGCAAAAACAAUUGGAAAGGCGACUACGGAUCGGGAUCCGGAUCGUGGCAUCCCAAAUUUGAUUUCCAGGAUCAUGAUCAAGGAAAUCAUUUUGGAAUGCCUCCACCGUGGGUUCACUGGCAUAACCAUGGCGAUGGUCACAAUCAUAACCAUGAUCAUGAUCAUCGAGGUCACGAUCACGAUGACAACGACGACCACGACCAUCAUUUUCCCGGCCCUGGAUUCCACCGAGGCGGUCCAUGGAAAUGGCAUUAAAUUAUCUGGAAAGACUGCAUGGAAAGCGGAAUCAACACGCAACAAUUAUUAGAUUAAGAUCGUAAGCUAACUAGCGGAUAGGUAUUUUUGAAGUAUGUUCAUUUGACACAUCAGCGGAAUUGUUUACCGAUGAUUGGAAUUAGUCAUCCAUUAGUGAUCUAGUAACCAGCAAACUGGUUUAAUUGAUAACCGGAAGGUGUAAUAAAAUUCUCAUGUGACCUGUUUUACUACAAUGCAAGAUUAGUCAACGCCAAUUGAAGCAGACAUGUUCACGAACGGCUCGAAUGGUCAAUAAAUUGAAGGGGUUGUAGAAUUCAUAAUUUGCCAACCAUGACAAA